AUGGAAUUGGGACUUUUGAAAGUUGAAAGAUUGAGAGACGGCUUGAUAUGCUUUGCUGUCUUCCUUUUCGCGAAAUGGCUUCUGGGGUCCACGGCUCGGAAGUCGAAGCUUCCGCUGCCUCCUUCGCCUCCGGGUCUUCCGAUGAUCGGCCAUCUCCUGAUGUUCCGCCGAGACUUUCGCGAAGUGUUCCGAGGACUGAAGGAAAAAUACGGCAGCGUCUUCUCGAUCUGUGUAGGGCCCCAGACGAUUGUGGUGAUGUGCGAGAUUGAUGUAGUGAAAGAAGCUUUAGUAUCUCAAGCCGAGGCAUUCUCAGACCGGCAUAUGCCUCCUUUGCUCAAACACGGUCUUGGCUCCGCCGGUAGUUUUGCGUUUGAUAACGGGCCUGUGUGGAAGGCCCGCCGCCGCUUUGGCCUGAGUGCGAUGAGGACUUUCGGUGUUGGAAAGUACAGCAUGGAACAACGGAUCGUAGAAGAGGCGAAAAUGCUUUGUGAGACCAUCGAGAAUAACCAAGAAACCAGUUUCAAUCCCAAAGGACUUAUCACCCACUCAGUAUCCAGCAUCAUCUGUGGCAUAACUUUUGGACAAAGGUUUGAUUUGAAUGAUCCAGAAUUCAACGACUUGAUCUCGAGAACUCACAGUGCGCUGUCAACCAUCUCGUUUUUCUCCUUGGGCCACCUUUUCCCUUUUCUCCUCGAGACGCCCCUAUACUCCGAAUUCCGAAAUCUCAUCUCCUCCCUCAAAACCUUGGUAGCAGACAUGGUCGAUGAACACGGAAAGACCCUCGAUGACCAGCAUAUCCGGGAUAUCAUAGAUCUCUACAUCUUGGAAAUUCGAGAGCAGAAAAAACGUGGAGAUGAGAUUGUGUUCGAUGAGACAACGGUGUGGCGUGGGAUCUUUGACAUGAUUUCGGCGGGUACGGGGACCACGAGUACUACUUUGCUGUGGGGAAUUCUUUUGAUGGCAGCACAUCCAGAUGCCAUGGAGCAGGUUCAAAACGAGAUCGAUCGCGUUAUCGGAGAUCAUCGCCCACCGUCGAUGUCGGACAGAGAAGAUUUGCCGCUCACGAUGGCCACGAUCAUGGAAGUCCAGAGAUUCCGUCCGGUGUCACCUCUUGGCUUUCCCAGAUUCACCAACAAGGAUGCCGAAGUCCAGGGGUACUCCAUUCCCAAAGGAACAGCUGCUAUCGUGAAUAUUUGGGAGCUCAUGCACAGUACGAAGUAUUGGGAGGAGCCUGACAAGUUCAAACCUUCACGAUUUCUGAGCGAUGAUGGAAGAAGCAUCAUCAAGCCGGAUGCAUUCAUUCCAUUUGGAAUAGGGAGUCGUGUGUGCUUGGGAGAGAUAUUGGCCAAGAUGGACGUCUUCUUGACCUUCACUUUUCUCCUUCAAAGAUUCACCUUUCGCUUGCCUGAGGAUUCCCCGACAAACAGUGAGGGCAUACCUGGUAUUUCAUUCAGACCGCAUGAUUUUCUGAUCAGGGCAGAGAAAAGAGUGUGAAUGUCAUUUUCUUCACUGAUUUCUUCUUCAUUCCUUCAUAAUUGUCUAUAUAUCUCUUGCCCUCUCUCUCCCUCUCUCUCUCUCUCUCUCUCGCUCUCUCUCUCUCUCUCUCUCAUUCAAUAUCUUAUACUUUCUCUGAAUAUUACUCCCUUUCUAUAUCCCUAUCCUCCUUUUGCUUUUAUUUGUUCUUUCCAUCACGUGUUUUGUGAAUGAUGUAACCAUAUGGUCACAUGUCAUUUUACGUACAGGAUAGUAAUCUAUAUUUUAACAUAGAAAUAAGAAAUUUACUCAAAAUGUGUAUAUAGAUAAUGCAGAUGUAUGUAAAAAUAAUUAUCCACCAGUUAAUACAUGAAAUGAAAUAAUAAAAGCAUGAAUCAAUACAUAAUACCUUUAUAGUUUCCUUUAUGUAUAUAUAUGUAUAUAUGAUGUAAGCAUGAUCCAUCAAUGAGGAAGAAUAAAGACAAAAUAUGAAAUUUCUAAAGAAGCACAAAUAUCAAUUUACUUGGUGGUUACUUGCUAGAUACAUAUGGAAUAAUUGACUAGUUUGCAAUGAAAGGCAGCUUCUUUCAAGAUCUAUUGAGUGCUUCUCAAGUCCACAAUGUUUGGACCGACAUGGAAUUUUAAAUCGUUAUCCAAUAAUCCAUUAAGCUAGGCUAAGUAAGGUUCAUGCUUCAAGAAGAUCGCGUAUAGGCUUUAAUCCAUCUACCGGUACUUUGAAAUUAAUGGGACGGAUUACAUUCGUUAUUACAAGGGUUGUAUAAAAACAUAUAUGCACAAAUUAUAUUAAGGGUUCAUUCAUGACUAUAAAGGGCACA